GUCAACAGGUAACAAAAUGGCUCAACGUGGUGUGUACCAGCGUGAUGACUUUGAAGUACGACGAAAAUAUGACAUGCCGCUUCUCGUAAACAAUAACGACGAAUUAAAACAUUAUGUUGAUCAAAUUAUGGAACAAAUUCUGGUAUGGCUAUACAAGGGCAAGCUCAACAAGUUAAUUGUGGUGAUUAGAUCCACAGAUACGGGUGAUAUUCUAAAACGAUGGCAGUUCAACGCUGAACUCUACAAGCAGCAGCAACAGCAGCAGGAACUACAACAACGUCUUGACUAUGAUGGCGAGUUAACAAACGAUACCAAAGCUCAGAUCCGAGCUAUUAUGCGCAAGAUUUUUGCCUGCGUGACAUUUUACCUGAACUGGAUACUGAUGAUGGUAUUCACAUUUGUUAUACUCGUUCAUACAGAACAGGAUGUGGAUGUACCAGAAACUUGGGAGACAGAUUCGAAGCUGAUAAAAAGCGGUGGCGAGCAUGUUCGAUUUAUACCACUAGAGACCAGCAAACAUAAAGUCCUUCCUAUUGUUGCAUUUUGGGUGACCGAUGAUGAAUGA